AUGAUUCCUCAUCAGACAUCGCAUCCAUCGCGUGCUGCAUCCUCAGCCGGCGACUGUACUCUGUCCACUAGAAGUGUUGCUAUCACUGAACUCGAAAAUGCAGUCGCUCGCUUCCAAGCUGCAUUGACGGAUGACGAUCGCAAACGCUUGCAGGACUUGAGGAACCUGCCGCAUGAUGCUCAGUCGAUCAUUGUGUUCACAGCGGAGCUGGAUAUGCAGCAGAGUGGAAAGCGGAGAGGUAAAAGCAUAGCUUCGCGGCUUACAUCAUUUCUACAAAUCAUUCAGCAAUUCACUCCCGUUAUCGAUACAUAUAUUCAAUCCAAUCCUGAUAUCAGCGCAAUCAUCUGGGGCUCAAUCAAAUUGACAUUUACGUUUCUUGCAAACUUCCUAUCCCAAUUCCAAUCCUUCGUUGAAUUACUGCAAGGUUUCGGCUCUCUAUAUUCCAGACUUGGCCACUACCAGAUACUAUUCCAAGACUCGACCCGCUUGAAUGAUUCAAUUUGCCAAUUCCACACGUCUGUGAUUCUCUGCUGUGAAAGGGUUAUUUACCUCAUCCGUCAAUCCACAUUCACCACUCAAGUCUGGAGAGCCAUCACCUGCUCAUUUCAGACUGAGAUUCGAAGCUAUGUUGAGAACGUCAAGAAAAAAGCCGACAAUGCGCAAAAAGAGGUUGAGUUGGCUAAAGCGCAAGCUGAUUUCCAUGAGCAGCGGCAACAGACGGAGGAGAGGCAGAAGGCUUCAGGUAAUAGGCAGCAACUCUCUGCAUGGGUAACAGAGCAUAGCGCCACCAUGAAAGACUUGCAAGAUCUCAAGGAAAAGCGUGGCAGAGACAAGAAGCGAAGGAGGCUGAUCAAUGAGCUAACCUCUUAUAAUUUCAUGCCAACAUUUAACAGCACGCGAAACAAACGGCACAUGGGCACAGCUGAAUGGUGCUUUCUAACGUCUGAAUAUCAAGACUGGGUUAACGCCAGAAAAACAGUUGUCCUCCAUAUCACAGGCAAAAUCGGAUCUGGAAAGACAAUCCUAGCAUCCUCAAUUAUAGAACGGCUGUGCCGUACUCCAGAAUCUCGCCAAUUCACCUCUUUCUUUUUCCUUCGUUUUGACGACAGGAAAAGCCUUUCUGCCUCGACAGUUAUACGGUCUUGCCUCCAGCAGCUUUUGGCGUCCCCUUUGAUCCAAAGCUUGGACUCAAGUGCCAUAUCUGAGCUGGAUGGUUGUCUAGAGCAAGCUCAAUCGUCGAUGUUCUCUAUUGAGUCACUGAGAUUACUUUAUACUACCGCAGCCAAGAACCUAGACGAUUGGUUUAUCGUAAUUGAUGGUUUAGACGAGGUCGAUGUCGCAAGACAGAUAGGACUGUUGAAGUUCCUUAGCGAUACCUUUGACCAGUUGCCAGAGCCCCACCGAGUAAAGCUUCUGUUAUCAUCCCGGGAAACAUGCGCGAGCGAAAUUGACCGAAUCCUGCCUCAGACCAUUCGCCUCUACACUGGAUUGAAAUCCACGAGCUCAGAUAUCCGGUUAUAUACGGAGGAUAUCAUCAGAAUCAAAAUUGAAGCCAGCGAGCUUAUAGUCAGCGAUCCAGAGCUGGUCAAUCAGAUCAUUGAAGUGAUACACCGAAAGGAAAAGGGAAUGUUCUUAUGGGUUUUCCUCACGAUUGAUGACAUCUGCUCCCGGAAGUCUGAUAAGGACAUCAGACAGGCAAUGCAAGACAUCCCGGUCGACCUCCCGGCCACAUUUGACCGUGCUCUUAGCCGUGUAGCAGCAAAGAAAAACAACACAGCCAUCGUUCAGAAAGCAUUUAAGCUUAUCCAAGGUUCCUUUGAGCCGCUAUCUCUUGAUCAACUCCGCGAGGCUCUCUCGGUCGAGGUUGGACAGCAGACGCUUGACCAGGACGAUCUUGUUAGUGGCAUAGAUCGCCUACCUACAUGGUGCGAGAACCUUAUAUGCGUGGAAGAGUCAGAUACUGUUCACUUUAGUCACCACUCGAUUGAGAAAUACCUUCUCACCCCAGGCUCGACAGACUUCAAGGACUUUCAUCUCGACGCAGACAAAUGCGAUCAAUUCAUGGGCGAACUAUGCGUCACAUAUAUCAGCCUUGAUAACUUCCAGAGAGCAGUAGGAUUCACAAAAAGCUUCAACAAAGACUCUUCGCAGAUGAGUAUUGACAUUGGCGGACUGGCUGAGCAGACAAUGCAAACCGCAGUGGGAGGUAACAUCGGGUCCCUAAUUGGGCGACUCACGCGACAAGCCGUUUUGGCUUCGCGGUCAAGAAAGUCCCGCCUUGGCAAGGUUCAAUGGACCGACACCUCACCCUCUUCAAUCCCAAUGCAUAGUUUCGGUCCCGCUCAGGGCACAAAGGGAUACACGUUCUACGAAUAUGCCUCUGAACACUGGUUUAAUCAUCAGCUUUAUAUCGACUCGGUCAAGACAGAGGCUACAUGGAGAUUACUAGGCCAGAUUCUGCGAAGACCGCGUCAAUACUCGCAGGGCGAACCAUGGUUUAAGCCAGCCUGGGAAGAACGCGUCAGCGAGACCAUUGGUAAUGAUGUCCUCUUAUUUGGUCCUGGGUUUGAUUCGUACCGAGAAACCGCCGUAUCCCUCGAGACAGAUGAGGGUGGAAGGCUCAUGAAUACAUCCACACUGAGGGACCUGUGCCACGUUUUCAUGUACGCGAUUCAAAAUAACAACCCAGGUCUUGCUUGUCGUGUGUUCAUGCUGCUUGUGGAGGAUUCCAAAAGGGCAGCAAAUCGUCGUCUUGAAGGCUACAUUUCUGUCAUCAUAAACAGAAUGGCUGUCAGUAAGAAUCACGAGACAUGUGAGAAUAGAUGCCUCCGUCGUGCAGGACUGCAACUGAACCACGCUGAUGUUGUCCGAGAACUGAGGGCAGCGGUCGCCAGUGGAAUUUCAUAUUUUCCCCCCUUAGACAGGCACGAGGCGCUUCGGAUCUGUACAUGUCCCCCGGAAGCCGAUUAUUCCUUAAGAGGAGAAAUGUGUCAGCUUCUUGAGACUGGCUAUCGGCGACAUGAACAACCAUACCUUUAUCUUUUCGCCGUUUUGGCUGAAGAACUCGGUACUGGUUCAUCAGUCGAAAGAUUGCGUCGCUUCAAUCACGACAAACGGUUCCAAAUGGAGUUGAUCCUUUCUUCAAAGACGCGCCUGGGGAGAUCAUUCUUUGACAUUUUGAUCGAUGGGGCUUUGGUUGACACAGAGCGUAUGAAAGUCUUCGUAGCAGAACGACUUCGUUCACCAGAGAGAUCACCUAUUCAUGAUGAUGACCUAUUUGGAUUCUUCAGCAAUUCAUAUCAGAGUCAUUAUGCCGAUCUUCAGCAACAACUGGACAACACUCUUGCGUUUCUAGGUACCAUGCAGGCAGCAAAAGCAAGUGACAUACAGAUUGUUGAACGCUCUCUGUUGAAGUGCUUAGAGGUAGGAGGGUCUGUCCCACUGCAUAAAGAAACCGUUAUACUUCUGUUUUUGAACAUAUUGCUACGGCAUCGCUGGCCAUUACCCAUAAGCCAAGGCAUGGUAAAGGUGUUUUUCGGAGAGCCACUGGAACGGGGUCUCGAUGAUGCAAACGACAGGAUACUUUCUCGUGCAGUCCUGUUGAACUUGUGGGAUCUUGCGACGUCCCUGGUUGAUGUUCAACCCGUUUCUCCAAACGAAAGAGACUUGGUCGACGACAUGUCUUAUAUCAAGCUUGCUCUUCGCUGUGACGACUGCCGACGCAUCGCUAGACCGGAGGCAACAGGUAGAUAUGGGCUGUGCUCAGUGCAUUGGAAUCUGAUAGGAAGAAACAUUGAUAGUAGCAUGCUUGAAAAUGAAGCAAAGGCUUUGGUUUCAAAGACGUCGAUAGCAUUUUUAUAA